AUGGCUUAGGAUUUUUGUAAAUAAUAUUAAAACGUCAAUAUUAGGGUUGGGUAUAAUAGAUUCGAAAUUCCUAAUUUCACAAAACUAAUAUAUUUAGAAAUUGAAUCAUAUACUGAUUUAUUUAAUGUGGACUAAGUCUUCUAAUAAGAAAUUCAGGAUCGAGCAUCGAAAAUACUGAGAUUAAAUAAUUGGGACAAGGAACAUUUCCAAAAAUUUAUUUGUAAAUUACCAUUAAUUACAAAUUCUAAUAUCAAGUUUAAAGAUUGUGAAAUGGGUAUAAAGUUAAAAAAUUCUUUUCACUAAAAUAAAACAUUCAGAAAUGAAGUGAAUAAAUUAUUAGAAUCUCUAAAAUAUUCAUAAAUUUAUCUAAAGGUAGAUGCAAAAUUAAGUAAACAUCUAGAGUUAAUAGGUAUUUAGUAAAAAAAACAUGUCUUAACCAACCUAUUAAUGGAUUUUACUUAAUAAAAAAACAUUUUAUAUAUAAAAGAUAUCCAAAUUUAAUAUAUAGAACUCGUGGUUUAUUUUAAUGAAUUCAUUGAAAUUGAUUUAAUAUAGUUAGAAAACUAUUUAAAUGAAACUUUGAGUAAGCUUGAGAUUGCAAGACUAACAACAGAGGAGUUCUAAUCAAAAUAUAGUGCAUUGCUGUACGUUUAGAAUCAAUAAUUAUAUUUUAUAUUACAUUCUGAUUAUUUAAACAAAAUUAAAACUCUACUUGAGAGUUAUAAGACUUUAAUAUAUCUAUACUAUAAACCAAAAUCAAAAUUGUAUGCCUAAAAGAUAUUUUAUGAUUAUAAGAAUAAAAUAAUGGAAUAGUCGUCAAAGGUACUAUCAAUAACAUUAUCAUCAAAUCAAGAAAUUGUUUAUUUUGAAAGCCCAUCUUAUGAUAUGACAACCUUAUGUAUUUUUCGUAAAUAUGAGCAAAAGCUAGAUCAGUUAUUAUUAGAAAUACCUAUAAAGAUAAGUAGGUUAGAAGCAAACUUCUUAUAUAAAAACUGUCAAUAAGAACUUGAAAAAUUAUGUUAAUAAUAGAUGCUUGAAUUAAGUUUCAAUCUUACAAAAAAUCAAUAAGAAAUUAACUAGUAGACUACUAAAAUUUAAUUCAUGAAAUUCAAAAAAAAAGAAGUUUAUUUUGACACAAAUUUAUAGUGUGAAAUCUCUUUGAGAUGGAAGAAUAAAUAAAAUUAGGAUCUGAAAAUUUCUUAUAAAAAGUAGGACUAAAUUCGUUCUUCCAUGAUGGAUAUUUAAGAAAAUAUGGUUCCUAAUAUAGAUAGAUUGGAGUUGUAUACAAAAGAGAUGAAGGACAAUUUCGUAGAUUUAUUAUCAGAAUUUAUGUAAUUGCAUCAAACCAGAUUUUAUGAACUUGUUAUUUUUAUUGAUAAUGAAAAGCUCAAAUCUAAGUACGAAAAAGAAUUGGUGAAUUAAAUAUCUAUUUUAAAGUAUGAUAGGUAUGCGGAUGCCUAAUGGAAAUGGUAUAAUAAUGCUUAUUUUGAUGAAUAUAAUUUUAUAACUAAUGAACAGAUUGAAACUGCUUAUUAAAUCUAUCUAAUAGACAAUAAAAAAAAUGAACUAUUGUUAAAGUUUCCUUACAAUGAUAAACCUAGAACCCAUACUAUCGAUUUGAAGAAAGGCAAAAUCACAGAUCAUUCUAGUACUCAAACCCAAGAAAUUACAUUAAAAGAUGGGUUUAUUACAUCGGUUAAGAGCAAGCAGACUAUAUUUUGA